UUAUGUUUUGUGGCUUGUUUAUUUUAUGUCUUUCUUCUGAUUUAUCAUUGAUAAGUUAUAUAUGUCUUUUUUGAUCAGAUGGAUGUUUCCGAAGAUCUAGCAAGUGAUUACCCUCAAAGACUUUACCUUGAAGGGGCUUCUAUUUUUGAAAACAAAAGCAUUAAUACGAAUAGCCAUUUUUCUGAGAUCCCUCGACUUAGACAAGCAAUUGGAAUAGAUGUGUGGGAUAAUCUGAAGACGUAUCCUGUUGGAUUGAUUGCUAAACUGGCUGAGAGCAAAUUGGUGUGGUCUGGUAAGACCGUACAUUAUCUACUUUGUAGACAGCUGCGAGUCUAUAAGAAGGAGAUUUGGUCUCUCGUUGUUGAUCAACCUCUCAGGUUUAGCUUAAUAGAACUUGGUGAGAUCACGGGUUUAAACACAAAUCCACUGCCAGAAGAAAGUUUUGAACCUGAUCAAGAGAAUUACAAAACGUUGUGGGAGUUGUUGAAAGUGCCGCUUGGGUACGGACCCAAGUUUGAUGAACUUAUAGAAGCUUUAACGGAGUGUCCAUUCUGGAGUGCUGAUCAGCGGAAAUGGUAUGGGCUGUUGUUUCUUCAAGCCAUUGGACUUUAUGGCUUGCAUCAUAAUUGUAGAAUACCCUUUGAAAGUGCAAAAAGAGUAUUCGAUGAUGACGCCCUGAUGACUUAUCCUUGGGGUCGGACUGCCUAUGAAUUUCUUGUUGAUUCUAUCAAGUUUUUGCAUCCACAAGGAGGGUCGUACACCCUUAGCGGCUUCAAGGACGUGUUAUUGGUUUGGGCGUAUGAAUCUGUCACAGUGUUCGGAGAGCUUUAUGGUAGAAAAGUGAAUCCAGACGAAAUUCCGCUUUUGCGAUGGGGUGGAAGUCGUACUCGUGCAAGUGGUGAUUUUACAAAUAAAGUAACACCUCAAGAAUGCCGAGGCGUGCCUCACCACUUGCUCGGAGUGUUUGACUCCGAAGCUGGCAACCUAACGGCCACCGACUUCUGCCGCCUUGCGUCACAAGAAAUCUCAACACUCUCGGCUAACAACAAGCUUCCUAUCGUAGCCGGUGGAUCAAACUCAUACAUCGAAGCACUUGCGAAUCAUUCGUCUGGAUUCUUGUUAAACAAGUACCAAUGCUGUUUUAUUUGGGUCGACGUUUCCUUACCGGUUCUUAACUCAUUCGUCUCAAAACGUGUCGAUCGUAUGAUGGAAGCAGGAUUACUCGAGGAAGUAAGAGAAUUACACGAUCCGAAAGCUGAUUAUUCUGUCGGGAUACGACGAGCUAUCGGUGUCCCCGAGCUUCACGAGUACUUAUGCUACGAAUCUCUAGUGGACCGUGGUACACAGAGAAAGAUGCUUGACGCAGCGGUUAAAAAGAUUAAGGAGAACACAGAGAUUCUAGCUUGUCGACAGUUACUUAAGAUUCAACGUCUGAGCAAGAAGUGGAAGUUGUCUAUGCACCGCGUGGACGCAACAGAAGUGUUCUUGAAACGUACCGAGGAAGAAGCAGACGAGGCUUGGGAGAAUCUAGUAGCGAGACAGACCAAGAGAAUAGUUGAUAAGUUCUGUGAUAACCAAGUGAUGAAAAAUGAUGAUGUUGAGCACUGUUUGACCUCCAUUGGAGCGGCGUCUUACGGCGGAGGAAGUGGAAGUAGGGCUCACAAUAUGGUAUGAGAAGGUUUUGUCUUUUGGUCGUGUGAUGCUUUUUGGGGUGUAAAAGUGAGAUUGCUACGUAGCGACCGAGCGAGAUUUUUAUAUUUAUUUAUUAUAACCGAGCGAGAUUGUGGUGGUGACGACGGCGGUCCUCUGAAACUCGUGCUCACCACUCCAAUCUGCCACAAUUCUUCUUCUUCACUGUGCCGAGCUUGGGAUUUCAAGCUUUGUCGUUCUCUGUUCAAACUCAUCAAGACGAUGUGAUCUCACAUCUCUUAUACAUAAAUUAUUAUAUUAUAAGUUGAAGAACAUUGGUGAUUAGCAGAUGAAAAAUCAUCCACGAAAUUUUGUUCACAUUAUAUAAAAAUAGGUCCACAUGAACUCAUAUCCAUAUUUAUAUAUCCACAUUUCUGAGUCCACAAUUCCAAUGACCCGCAGGUCUUUGUUCAUAUUUUCACUAAUCCACAUUUUUGAUUUUUAAAUUUUCUUAUUUGUCUACAUAUUUUGCGUACAUGUCAAUUUUUUUUUUAAAGAUUUCAAAUUUGUAAUAGUAGAAGUAAAUUGUCGUACAUAUUCUUUGUAUUUCUUUGAUUCAUAUAUUCACAAGUUACUCGUCAUCCACAAUUCGUCACAACUUGUCAUCCAUAAUUCGUCAUCCACAACUCUCCAUUUUCCAUAAAGAUAAAUUUGUCAAAAAUACACUUAAGCCCCACCAGAAAGUGCCUCAUAAGUGGAAAGUAACUCUCAAUGUAAAGGAAAGACAAAAAGUGUCUUUAUGUGUAAUCAACUCUACCUUUUAUACACAUAAAAUUCAUUAAGAAUUACAUCUUUUUUAAACUCAUUAUACACAAACAAUAGUUUUAUUAUACACACACCAGUAGGAAACAACUUUAACCACAUUUUUUUAUUCUUUAAAAUCAUAACUACUCAAAAUUACAAUAUAACAAUAUACUACAACAAUAUGACUAUAGCCCAUCGAGACAUAUCAAAUUCGACCACAUGAUAUAUUAUUUUCUAAGAAAUCAGAUUCAUUCAAUAUAUUGACGGAGGUAAUCUUUAUUUAAAUCAGAUUCAUUCAAUAUAUUCCCAAUCACAAUUCAUUCAAUAUAUAACUUACAGAUAAAUGUCGAUGGCUCUGCAAUUCUGGCCCGUUUUGAUCCGUUUUCCAAUAUAUUUUUAACGGAUCAAUAUAUUGAAUCUAGGAAUCUGCAUGAGUAAAGCAUCCUUGACCAUCCAGUCCUGAAUUUAAUCUGUCAUACUAGACAACUGGAAAAAGGCUACCGUUGAACUAGAAAGCUAGUGAGCAUUAUCAACUUACGCCUAAGGCUUAACUAGAAGCAUCGAUCAAUACUAUCUUUUGACAAUCGAUCGAUAUUUGUGAAAGGUUUAUCGAUCGAUAUCCCUAUAGGACCAUCGAUCGACACUUUCUUGUGAUCAAUAUACGACAGUUGAGAUCCAAGUUCUAGUUAGUUAAUCAGUGAAACAUUGCCAUCAUUGAUCACUGUGUCUAAGGGGUUGAGCUCUAAUAUAUCAUGCAUGCAACUGAUACGCAUCUAUAGGAUUAUAAUCUCCAAUACCUGAAUAGAAACCCUGCAUCUAAUACAUUUCCAAUAAGUUACACCCCCAAAUCAUCUUGUUAGUCGAGCAAUAG